AUGUCGGGCAGUGCAGUUGGACCGCCUCCAGGGUUUGAAGGCGACAGUGUGAGUGACGACCCGGGGAGGGCGAAUGUUACACCUCCUGAGCCAGCAGACGUUCCUUCUACGCCUAGUUUGGGGAGCGGAGACGGACGACGAGCUGGCACCCAAGGCGACGCUUCCGGAUCGGACGACGGAUCGCAGGGUCGCAGAGUUACCAGCGACCGCAGUGUGAGCGAGCCACACUGCAGUGGGGCAUCAGCCACUCGGUCGGAGUGGCCAACAAGAGUCGGCACCGCCAGGGGGCCCGAUGGCGAGCAGCCGAGUCACUUACGGAGAAGUGAUGGGGAAGCUCCGGAUGGGCGAAGAGCUAGCUGGAGCACAGCAGUGGACCCGCCCGGGUCCCAUCGCGGAAGCGAUCCAUGGACAGAGAGAGAUCCAUGGCAGCAGGACUACAGCGGAUACGGUCACCCGCAUCGGUGGAGCGAAGGCGGCUACGUGGAUCGAGGACACCCUGCCAGAUGGCAAGACGGCAGCCGCUACGAUGACCGUGGACAUCCGAACAAGUGGAACGAGGACUGGGAUCAUGUGCAUUUAGCCCACGACCCCCGGUUACUCGAUUAUGGAGAGCGUUGCCCUGAUCCCUGGGCUGAUGGUCGAGACCGGACGGGACCUCACCGCGAUCAUGCGGAAGCGCGUCAAGCCUGGAAACAAGAGUUCCACCAUGGACCCCUUCGGCAGCACGAUUCCGAGCGACAUCGAGCUGGUCCCUGGGCAGAUGGGCGAGACGACGGCCGCCGACCGCACGAUCAUGGAGAACGAUGGGGAGCCUGGGACGACGCAAGGACUCAGGACCACCUCGGCCCAAGGGGCUGGGAACCAACGAGGAAUUCAUGGCGUGAAGACCACAGCGGCGGUGGAUAUGGAAAGGGAAGCUAUGGCCGUCCUUCCGAAAAGCUGUCCGUGCCCACCUUCUCUGCCGAGGACACUGACGACUUGGGGUCGUCCGCCAGGUCAUAUCUUCGUCAGGUGUCGGCAUGGCGGCAGAUGACGUUGCUACCGCUGGGGCAGCAAGGACUGGUCCUGUACCAAGGGCUCACCGGAAAGGCAUGGAUAGCUGCUGAGGAGUUGUCGGUGACGAGGCUUGGCGAGGACACCGGCAUCGACUACUUCAUAUCCUGGGUUUCCGCGCGGUUCAUGGAUCUGGAGGUGGCGAGGAUUGGCAAGGCAUUCUCGGACUACUUCAGGAGAAUGAGGCGCAAGCCGGGGCAAGCCAUCCGGGAGUUUAACACCGAGUACGACCGCAUGUACGGGAGGCUGCGCGAGGUCGGGUGCAAUCUGCCGCCAGAGGCGGCGGCUUGGGUCUACUUAGACAGGCUCCAGUUGGACGAGGCCCAAGAGCUCAAUCUCCUCGCGUCUGUCGGCAACAGAUACGAUCUGCUGCGGCUUCAACAGGCCGCCACUCUUCACGACAGGGGGCAGCGAAAGCCAUGGGAAAGCCAUGGCAUGCGCAACAAGAAGACAAACUACGCGCACAUGACCUACCACGAUGACGAGGAGUCCGACGAGCUCGCCGACCCCCAGGACGAGGACGGCAUUCCGGAAGAGGUGGCCGAGGCCUGGGUCACCUACCAGAGCGCAAAGGAGCGCUACAGAUCGCAGCAGCGCUCGCGAGGCUUCCACGGAGACGGAGCUGCCAAGCAAGGUGAGAACGAGGGCGAAGCCGAUAAGAGCGGAGGCCGGGAUCCUGGGCGCGAGGCAAAGCUGAAGGCCAUGAAGUCCAAAAGCUUCUGCAGCGGAUGCGGAAGACGUGGCCAUUGGCAUAAAGACGACGCUUGUCCGCUCAAUCAGAGCGGAGGUGCCAGUGGAAAAGGCGAUAGUGGAGCUGGGGCACGACAUGUCGCGAUGACCACGGUCCUGCCCGCCGAUGUCUAUGCUCUUCGCCACGUGAUGGACCUGGUCGGGGUGACGGACACUGCAUGUGCAAGGACGGUAGCCGGAACGCAAUGGCUGCAAGCUUACACUGACAAGUUAGCUGAGCUUGGACAGCGACCCACGCUCCAGAAGGAGAACGAGGCCUACCGAUUUGGCGCGGGCAAGAUCCACUACAGCUCCUUCUACGUCAUCCUCAACUUCGAGCUGGGCAACUGCGUACUUCAGGUUCGUACCUCGAUCAUCACCGGAGAUAUCCCGUUACUACUCUCCAAAACGGUCUUGGGGAAGUUGGGCAUGGUGUUUGAUGUGGAAGGCGGGACUGCGGACUUUCGCAAAAUCGGACUUAGCAACUACAAGCUGCUCACCACAUCUUCUGGGCACCCUGCGAUACCGAUUGUGCCGGCAAAGGCCGACAGCAUGACUCCUGUGCUACAGGUAGAGGACGUCCGACUGCAGCCCAAGGAGCAAUACAUGUCCGUCUAUGCAGUAGCCCACAAGCCCCCAACAGGCCCCCCGACUACCGGAAUCUAUCAUGAGAAGAAGUUGGACCCGAGUGUGAAAGAUAUGCUUUCUCAGGAUCGUCUACAGCUCGAUACUUUUAUGGCAUGGUGGCAACAAACCUCUUACGGGUGCGGCCCCCUGAUGCUCUCGUUGCUUGCGCCUUCGGCGAUGGACAAGCGGGCGCAAUGCGACUCAGAGGAAAAGCCACGGCCGCUUGGUAUGAUGAGGAAAACCGAGCUCCUGGAGUACGCGAUGCAGUUGGGGAUGACCGUGCACCCCUCGUGGACAGUCAUCGAGCUGAGGGCGGUGAUCAGGGAGCACCUCGCGGAGAACGAAAAGACGGACGUGAGCGCUCGCAUGAAGAAGAUCAACUCGCUGAACCUCGCCGAGCUCCGCGCCAAGGCCAUGGAGUUGGACGUAGCGAUUCCGCAGAAGGCCACCAAGGGACUGAUCCUCAAGCUGAUUCGGGAGAGCCUCAACACCCCGGACAACACCCUGAUGACCAUCGGACGUUGGCGCGGGAGCGAGUACCAGGAAAUUCCCCAGAGCUACGGAGUGUGGGCAGUGAGAGAAGUGGAGAGAUCGGACAACAGCCACCCAGACCUGGUCAGGUACGCAAGGUGGUUUUCCAAUCACCAGAAGGAGGUCGCCGGGAGGACCAAGAUCGCCGACGACGUGGACGAGACCUACCAGGAGACGAUCCACAAGCUCUCCACCGAGAAGGACUCCUGGGAUCAGGCGUCGAUGAUAUCUGUACCCAAGUCAAAGAACCCAACGGGGAAAGGGAAUACCAAGACGACGCCGAAGCGGGCCAGCGACGAGCUCAAGGACAAGAAGGGAUACAUGGAUGCGACGCCGGACGCGGAGGUGACCGCGGAGAUCGAGGCCCUGGAACUCAAGCUCGCCCUCCUCAAGGACAAGGCCGGUAAGAUCUGCGAAGAGGACUUCGUUCGAGGUCACUACAACCAGGCGGUGAUCUACGUGAACCAGCACCACGAGCACUACGAUCACUCAGGUAAAUUCGAUUGGCAGGACUACUCCUUUGUGAACUGCCAAAAACUUCUAGACGAAAUCUCCCUCUUCGAGGACAAGAACAACCUCCGGGCAAUCCACUACAACGAUGAGUCCGAGAACGCCCGCUACGCGACUACGGCCACGAAAGACUAUGACGGGCUAGUUCGAUACUUGAACCACUUCGGCAAAGCCCAUCUCGGGGGCCAUGCCACGUGGACAUCCAUCUCGGUGACCCAAGACGCUGGCACCGAGGCGCACCGGGACAGUAACAACCUGAAGGGGUCAUCCAAUUACUGCGUCACCUUCGGACAAGAUCGCGGAGGACAACUGUGGCUGGAAGCACAAGGUGUAGACGAAGCUCAGGCCAAUGGAGGCGAAGUGAUAUGGAAGCGCGACAAGAGUGGGUCAUGGAUACCAGGAAAGACAUGCGACAACUUCGAGAAGUUCAUCGAGCUCGACCCACACCUCAAGCACUGCUCCAGCGCGUGGAAGGGAAGCCGAUGGUGCCUGACCUACCACACCGCUCGGGGCAUUACUACCUGUGGGCCAGAGAUCAAGAAGUUCUUGCGCAGCAGCAACUUCCCGUUGCCAAGGUGUGGGAAGAGUCCCGACGGAGCUGUUUAUCAGAAGAAGAGAGCUACUAAGGCCACGCGCAACACCAUCAUGAACAACACCGGAAAGAUCAGCGUGCUCAUGGCAACUCUGAUCAUCACGGCCUUCGCCUACCUCGCCGAUGCGUGGAACCUGGGCGUCAACUAUGACCCGAUCGUCAGGAUUGAGAUAGGGGGCUUGGAGGGCACCCUCGAGGCGACCGAGUUAGAAAAGGCUGUGAUCGAGCCAACGGCCUGGACCAACUACCUCAACCCUGAGACCCAGACCAACGCCUACCACUUCGUUGUCGGAGCGAACCCCAAGGAGCUGAGGACUCACCUCGACGAAAUGCCGAGCCGGGCACAGGGGCCCAUCGAUGCACUCAUUCGUCAGCAAAUCGACGGAGGCGGUGAAGUUAUGCUACGUGGGGAACGACUUUCGGGCUAUGUUGCCAACCUCUAUGACUACCUCCAGCACCGGUCAGAGAGCAUGAACGACCUGGGCAUUUCCGAGGAAGGCGGGCGCUGCCCCAUCGAGGCAGACGGUCACCCCAGUGACUACGAGCCUAGUAUGUCAGACGAGGACAGCGCAGAGACUAUCCAGCUUGAUGCUGACGGAGACCACGAGAUGCCUACAGGGUCUUCACCUACAAUGCCGUCAACACCACCUACGCGCAGAGUGAAGAGAAAGUCAAGAUUCAUCAACGAGGACUACUCGGGCAUCGUUGUGUACCACGAUGCCGCAUGGGCGAACGCGCUGGACACGGCCUAUGACGAGGAACACUUCGAGCUCACCGCCGAGGACAAGGCCGCGGGCUUGCAGACCGAGGGACCCUUUACCGAGAAGGUCUGCAAGGUGAUGCGCGUUAGCUCCAAGGUGGCAUCAUCCAAAGCCGGACAGCGAGUAUGCCAUAGCAUCUUUGGAGCAGAGACUCAAGCUUGCGUCGAAGGCGUUGAGGGUGGCCAGUACCUACAGUCCUUCUACGAGACAGUCUUGGCAGGCACCCUUGUCGCGGUGGAAGACGCGCGGACUCCGCAGUUGUGCUUAAGCGACCGAAGACUCGCCAUUGGUUUGGCGGCCUUGAGACAGACACCGAAAGCCGAGAAGUGGAGUACUCGUUUGCCCCUCGGCUGGAUCCUAAGUGGACUCCAGCUCGGGGACGUUUUGACAAAGCCCACCGACCAAAGAGGCUGGUGGGACACGAUAAAGUCUCGCCUAGUUAUCCCCAUCGAAGUUGGGGAAGUUGGCCAGACCAGCAGAGAUUUUUCAGAGAUGAAGACCAGUGUGAAGCACAAAGAUCGUGUUAUCAAGCAGACUAAGUGGACCCGCAGUUGUUUCCCACAGUGCUCACCAGGUCAAGCCUCUCGCUAG